CAUCACAUUCUAACGCAUUACAUCACCCACUACACACAUUUACACAUUCACGUUACACAUACAUCACACAUGCCAAAUGUAUGUUCUUCUUUCCUCUUCACAUUUGUGCUUGUCUUCUUUCUAACUCCAUCUCUUCACCGAUAAACACUCUCCCACUUUAUCUUCUUGCUCAAUCCUCUCUCUCUCUCUCUCUCUCUCUCUCUACCUCACACACAAUCUUAAUCAUAGAUUACCGCAAACCCAUUUCACAAAUCACGCUUAUAGAUCCAAAUUCAAUAUCUUUUUCAUCAUUCAUUCUUCAAUUCUCAUUUGGGUCAUUCAUUCAUAUACCAAACAUCAUUAACAUCCACAGACAAAAAAACAUCAUCGUACAAAAAAAAACAUCAUUAACAUCCAUAAAAACCACACUUAUAGAUCCAAAUUUCACUUCUUUUUCAUCAUUCCUUCUUCAAUUCUCGAUUGGGUCAUCCAAAUUCUUACAAACUUCUUCAAUUCUCAAUUGGGUCAUUCAAAUUCAUACAAAGACAGUAAAAAUCCAUCAUCGUACCAAGAAAAACAUCAUCGUAUCAAGAAAAACAUACUUGAUCAAUCUGUUUUGUUGCUUUUUCAAUCCAAAGACACAAUUUUUAUAACAUUUUCGAAAUUUUCAUUACCCAUGUCUCGAUUCAUCUCAAGAUGCAAAAAAAUGAAGGAAAUGACUUCAUUUCAUGGGACCCACAUGGAAUUUGGUUCAGGUAACCGUCGAACCGGGUUCAGUUUAUUAAACCGGUUCAACCGGGUUCAGGCGAUUUCAACCCAUCUGAAUCACAUCAUAGUUGCCGGAUGUGGUAAACAAUGCCGGCGGGUGGCGGUGGUUGGAGUUCAAGAAAGGUACAAGUGGGGACGUGGUGGGUCGGAUGGUGAUAUGCAAAACCCGACCCGGAAAAUCCGGGCUGAGGCUAAUUGUCCAAGGUGUUCCAAAGAUAUGAAUUUGUUUUUCUCCAAUCGUCAUAUGCAAAGUAAUGGUGGUGAUUCCGGUGGCGGCAACGGCGAAAAUUUAGGUUCUAAUGGUGAUGGGGGUUAUCAAGCAGUGAAUUUAUGUCCAAAUUGUAAAACAGCAUAUCAUUUUCGACCGUAUAAUACAUCACCAUUGCAAGGUACAUUUGUUGAAAUUGGUAGAGUGAGUAAUAAUAAUGGUGGUAGUAGUAAAACUCAAUUAUCUAGAAGGUUUAAAAAUGGUAUUGGGAAAGAUAGUAAUAGUAUUAAGAGUGGUCAUCAUGGAAGUGAGGAUUUAGGUCUAAAUGGUAGUGCUAGUAAUUGGCUUGAAGUGUCAAUGUGGGAAACUUUGAGAAAUUACAAUGGUGGUAGUGGAAAUGCUGCUGGUGGUGGUAAUAAUGGGGAGCCGCCGGAGACAUGGCCACUGCCGGUAGGUGGUGGUAAUGGGAAUGGUUUGGCUGUGCAUACUCCUCCAGGUCCUCCUUUUGCGCCGGGGCUUAAUGUUAUAAGGGCUAGGGGGCCGCAGGAGGGUGGUCCGGGUGGUGGUGGUAAUGGUGAGAAGAAUACAUGGGGAGGGUCUAAUUUGGGGAAGGAUUUGCCUUCACCAAAGGAGAUUUGUAAAGGUCUUGAUAAGUUUGUUAUUGGACAAGGUAGAGCCAAGAAGGUGCUUUCUGUAGCUGUUUAUAAUCACUAUAAAAGAAUAUACCAUGCCACUUUACCGAAAGGGUCGGGUGCAGAUUCAGGAAUUUCAGGCAUAUUAGAUGAUGACGAAAAUGUUGAACUAGAAAAGAGUAACGUUCUUUUGAUGGGUCCAACAGGAUCAGGGAAGACAUUACUUGCAAAAACACUAGCUCGAUUUGUGAAUGUUCCAUUUGUCAUUGCUGAUGCAACAACUUUAACACAGGCUGGUUAUGUUGGAGAAGAUGUCGAAUCAAUACUAUAUAAACUACUUGCGGCAGCAGAUUACAAUGUUGCAGCAGCUCAACAAGGAAUAAUUUACAUUGACGAAGUUGACAAGAUAACAAAGAAGGCUGAGAGCUUAAAUAUCAGCCGAGAUGUUUCUGGUGAGGGUGUUCAGCAGGCAUUAUUAAAAAUGCUCGAAGGAACUAUAGUAAAUGUUCCGGAGAAAGGAGCCAGGAAAAAUCCACGGGGUGAUAACAUUCAGAUAGACACAAAGAACAUUCUUUUUAUAUGUGGUGGAGCAUUUAUUGAUCUUGAAAAAACCAUUUCAGAGAGACGACAAGAUUCUUCUAUUGGUUUUGGUGCACCAGUUCGUGCCAACAUUAGAAGCGGUAGAAUAAUCGAUUCUGCAGUAGCAUCAUCUUUACUUGAAUCGGUGGAAAGUUCUGAUCUUAUUGCAUAUGGUCUCAUACCAGAGUUUAUUGGACGAUUCCCCAUCUUAGUUAGCUUGUCAGCUUUAACCGAAGAGCAACUUAUGCAGGUCCUCACAGAACCAAAACAUGCUCUUGGUAAACAGUACAAGAAAUUAGUCGGCAUGAAUGAAGUAAAGUUACACUUCACAGACAAAGCUCUGAGAAUGAUAGCAAAGAAAGCAAUGGCCAAAAAUACUGGUGCCAGGGGUUUAAGAGCCUUAAUAGAAAACAUUUUAACCGAUGCCAUGUAUGAGAUUCCUGAUAUUAAGACAGGAAGUGACCGCAUUGACGCCGUAGUUGUUGAUGAAGAAUCAGUAGGAUCACUAACAGCUCCUGGAUGCGGAGGAAAAAUUCUUCGCGGAGAUGGUGCUUUGGAGCAGUACCUAGCUAAGAUAAAGGAUUCAGAGGAUGUAGUAGCUGAAUCAGAGUUACAAGAUAGGGAUUCAGAUACUUCAUCAAGAGCCAUGAGCAUGUAACAUUAUAGUUACCAUAUUCAGUGUAUAAUUUUUCAUUGUCAUUUGUUAUUUGUAAAAAUGACAUUAAAAGAAAAUUUGAUGUAAUUAUCCCCUUGUAUAACAGAAUAGUUACUGGUCUCAGUUCUUACUGAAUAGGAAGGAAAUAAAAAGAAAAAUGAAAAGUGUAGUGUAGCAUUGCUAAUUUAGGCAGCACAUUAUACAUAUUUCCAUUUGUUUUUGAGGAAUCUUGAAUGUAAUCAUUUUUUUUAUA